AUGAUUCAUGAGCUGUCAGUGGUGAUGUCCUUUGAUUUCUCGAAGAGAGUUAGCGACAUUCAUUAUAGCCUGAUUUAUCCUGCAAAAGGUCAAUCAAAAAACAUCAGCAAUGAUACUCUUGCUAAAUUGACAGGUGUCGUUAAUUCACUGCAUCAAGAGAAGCAAAAAAGGUUAAUUCACUGUUGGUGCUUUACAUGGAUGUGUAUACCUGUUGGUGCUCGCUUUAUAUGGAUCUCUGUACCUCUCGUAGAAGACAGCAACCAGUCCAUGCUAACAAUGGAAAUAGCAGAGAGAAGUCAUCAACUGAGGCAAAUGAGGGGCGAGGAUCUCCAAGGAUUAAAUGUUGAAGAACUACAACAGCUAGAGAAAAUUUUGGAAGUUGGGUUGAGUCGCGUGAUAGAGAAAAAGGGUCAGAGGAUUAUGAGAGAAAUCAGUGACAUUCAAAGAAAGGAAGUUGAAUUGAUGGAAGAAAAUGAACGAUUGAAGCAACAAGUAUUGCAGAUAUCCGAGGGUCGAAAACAAGUUGCCGGUGACUUGGAGAACAUCUUUGAGGAAGGUCACUCGUCGGAGUCGGUGACCAACGUUUGUACUUCCAACGGUAAUCGACACGACUACGAAAGCUCCAAUACAUUUUUGAAACUAGGGUCAUUCACAGUGGUUGUUUUAGCAGAAUGCUUGAAAGGAUUUGGUCCUUGGAAUGCAGUUUUGGAGCCUUUUUCUGGGUGCUAUUGA